AUGCUGUCCCUUGUGGUUAUCAUUGCCCUUGUUGGCUCCACCGCUGCCACUACAGGCCUCGAUGCCAUCCAGUCUAUGUCCGCGAGUACCUUCACAUGUUUGAAACAGAACGGGUACAGCUUCUUCAUUGCUCGCGCAUGGGAAAGUGUCGGCAAUUACGAUGAGACUGGAAUUCAAAACAUGAAGAACGCUCGUGCAGCCGGUUGGGAAUACGUCGACGCCUACAUUUUCCCGUGCCUGAAGAGCACAUGCGCUGCCCCAGCAGCUCAGGUUGAAGCUACAGUGAACCGUCUCAAUGCGGAAGGAGCUAAGUUCGGCAUGAUUUGGUUGGAUAUUGAGAUCUUCGCCUGGCCGAAUGACAUCAAUUAUAAUAGGAACUUCAUCACUGCUAUGGGAAAUCAGCUCAAUGCAAUGGGCGUCAAUUGGGGAAUUUACACCAACAACAACAACUGGGGAAGCAUUGUCGGUAUCAGCUGGAAUCAGUGGGCAAGUCGACCACUUUGGUGGGCCAACUACAAUGGACAUCAAGACUACACCAACUUCGUGCCGUUCGGUGGAUGGUCCAAGCCAUCCAUUCAUCAAUACGCCGGUGAUUACAAGGGACCUUGCGGUGUCGAUCUUGAUCUUAACUGGUAUUGA